UCUAAAAUGUCACUGGGACAGAUUACAGGCUACCCUCUUCAUAUUUCAAAAUUUAUAAGCAACUGUGUUACAAGCUUAAGACCACAAGGAACUAUUCAUCGUUCAGUUUUUGAGACAAUUAACGUCAAACCUUGCUAUUCUUUAACUCACCUUCGCUUCAUUUCUGACUCUUCUGAGUCGACACUCAGCUCGACCUCAAAGAUUAUCGAUGAAUCCUACAAUUUUAAAAAAAUCAGAUCAAGAAACAGACGUCCACGUUUUGAAUAUAAAAAGCAGACCACUCCAACAUGUAAUAAGACUUUUGAUCCAGUUUUAGUUGAAACGUUGAUGAGCAAAAUGAAAGAUGAUAUGCCUCUCGGAGAAAUUCAGGAUCCAUUUUCAAAAGAUUAUAAACGCUGCAAUUUGUGUACAUUUGGUAUAAAAAUUGAUCAUAAAAAUGUACGGCUGUUGAGCCAAUUUGUUUCACCAUUUACAGGCCGCAUUUAUGGUCGUGCUAUUACGGGAUUGUGCAUACCUAUGCAAAAACAUGUAGCUCGUUCAAUUAAACGUUCCAGAUUGUCUGGUUACAUGCCAAUAAUUUUGAAAGAUCCCAAGUACUUAAGAGAUCCUCAGCCUUAUGAUGUCAUUUCUAAAAAAUAAUAAAUAGAACCCCAAAACUUUUUCAUCCAACACCAGCAUGUUAAUGUGUAAAAUUACAUUUUGUUUACUAUAUUAUUUUAUAUUAAAAAUUGGCUGACAAAAUUAAAUAAGAGACCUAGAUCUAAUUGUUCAUUUAGUUAGCUGCAAUUUUAAUUUAAAGCUGUAUUAUGUAAUAUUACAUUAUGUAGAUGACUUGAGAAUAUUUUGUAAUUUAAGCUGAUAAAUGACUUGUUAUGAUAAUUUGUUAAUAGGCUACUUAAUUUUUUUUUCUUAUGAUGCUGGCAGACCCAGUACCAUUUGCAUUAAAAGUUGUUGAAGCAAACAAUUUUCAUACAUUUUUUUUAUUAAUAAUAAACCUUAAU